AGCCGGGAAGUGCACAGAGCCGGAGCGCAGCGUGGUGGCACCAGACGCCUCCCUUUCCCCACGGCUUGCUUUCUUUCUUUCAGUUGUGUGGGUUUGUGAAGCCUUCCCUUUCCCUCCUCGCUCGGGUGGCUGCCCCAGCCUCGCAGCCCGGCCGCCGCUCCUCCUCCCCCGGGCCGCCGCCCGCCCUCGCCGCUGCCUGCUAGCUGCGCCGGGACUCGCAGGAAGCGAGAGCCCCGCGGCUCGGCUCGGGCUCCGACUCCGACUCCGAUUCCGACUGUCAGCCCCGGGGCCCGCGCACCCCGGCCUGCGGGCGCCCCGGCUCUCGGAGACGCCCUCUGCGCCGCGGGGGCCGUGUGGGCGCCGGGCUCUGGGGACCGCUCGGGCGGCCGCCUCCUCCCCCCACCGCCGCGGAGCCCUGCGAUGGUGGCCGCCCGCGCUCCCGCGCUGUAGCCGGGCGCCUCCUAAGUUUGGGAGCCGCCGCCACCGCGACGCGGAGCCGAGCCUGCAGCAGAGGAAGAAAGUUUUGCGGGGUGCGCCGAGCGGGCCCUGGGCGCACCUCCCGCGGCCCGCUUCCUGGCGCCCGGAGCCCGUCGGCAGGGAGUUGGGGGAGGCAGCAUGGCCCGCCAGCCGGAGGAAGAGGAGACGGCCGGGGCCCGGGCGCUGCGGCCGCCCCUCUGGCUGCUCUGCCUGGUCGCGUGCUGGCUUCUGGGCGCCGGGGCCGAAGCCGAUUUCUCCAUCCUGGACGAGGCGCAAGUGCUGGCGAGCCAGAUGCGCAGGCUGGCGGUCGAGGAGCUGGGGGUCGUCACCAUGCAGCGGAUAUUCAACUCCUUUGUUUACACUGAGAAAAUCUCAAAUGGAGAAAGUGAAGUACAGCAGCUAGCCAAAAAAAUCCGAGAGAAGUUCAACCGUUACUUGGAUGUGGUCAAUCGGAACAAGCAAGUUGUAGAAGCAUCCUAUACGGCUCACCUAACCUCUCCCCUAACUGCAAUUCAAGACUGCUGUACUAUCCCACCUUCCAUGAUGGAGUUCGAUGGGAGCUUUAAUACCAAUGUGUCUAGAACAAUUAGUUGUGAUCGACUUUCUACUACUGUUAAUAGCCGGGCCUUCAAUCCAGGACGAGACUUAAAUUCAGUUCUUGCAGACAACCUGAAAUCCAACCCUGGAAUUAAGUGGCAGUAUUUCAGUUCAGAAGAAGGAAUUUUCACUGUUUUCCCAGCACACAAGUUCCGGUGUAAGGGCAGCUACGAACACCGCAGUAGACCCAUCUACGUCUCUACAGUCCGGCCUCAGUCAAAGCACAUAGUCGUGAUUCUGGACCACGGGGCUUCAGUCACAGACACUCAGCUUCAGAUUGCCAAGGACGCUGCUCAGGUCAUCCUCAGUGCCAUCGAUGAACAUGACAAGAUUUCUGUGUUAACUGUGGCAGAUACUGUCCGGACCUGCUCACUAGACCAGUGCUAUAAGACCUUCUUGUCUCCAGCUACCAGUGAGACAAAAAGGAAAAUGUCUACCUUUGUUAGCAACGUGAAGUCUUCAGACAGUCCUACCCAGCACGCAGUGGGAUUCCAAAAGGCAUUUCAGCUGAUUCGAAGCACAAACAAUAACACAAAGUUCCAAGCAAAUACAGACAUGGUCAUCAUUUACCUGUCAGCUGGCAUUACAUCAAAGGACUCUUCGGAAGAAGAUAAAAAAGCAACUCUCCGAGUCAUCAAUGAAGAAAAUAGCUUUCUAAACAACUCCGUAAUGAUUCUCACCUAUGCCCUCAUGAACGAUGGGGUGACUGGUUUGAAAGAACUGGCUUUUCUGAGGGAUCUAGCUGAACAGAAUUCAGGGAAGUACGGUGUGCCAGACCGGACGGCCUUGCCUGUGAUUAAGGGCAGCAUGAUGGUGCUGAACCAGUUGAGCAACCUGGAGACCACAGUGGGCAGGUUCUACACAAACCUUCCCAACCGGAUGAUUGAUGAAGCCGUCUUCAGCCUCCCCUUCUCUGAUGAGAUGGGAGAUGGUUUGAUAAUGACUGUGAGUAAACCCUGUUAUUUUGGAAACCUACUUCUGGGAAUUGUAGGUGUGGACGUGAAUCUGGCUUAUAUUCUUGAAGACGUGACAUAUUACCAAGACUCUUUGGCUUCCUAUACUUUUCUCAUAGACGACAAAGGAUAUACACUUAUGCACCCAUCUCUUACCAGGCCAUAUUUAUUAUCAGAGCCCCCACUUCAUACUGACAUCAUACAUUAUGAAAAUAUUCCAAAAUUUGAAUUAGUUCGGCAAAAUAUCCUCAGCCUCCCUCUGGGCAGCCAGAUUAUCGCAGUCCCUGUGAACUCAUCCCUGUCUUGGCACAUAAACAAGCUGAGAGAAACUGGAAAGGAAGCCUACAAUGUUAGCUAUGCCUGGAAGAUGGUACAAGACACUUCCUUUAUUCUGUGUAUUGUGGUGAUACAACCAGAAAUACCUGUGAAACAACUGAAGAACCUCAACACUGUUCCCAGCAGCAAGCUGCUGUACCACCGGCUGGAUCUCCUGGGCCAGCCCAGUGCUUGCCUCCACUUCAAACAGCUGGCAACCCUAGAAAGUCCCACCGUCAUGCUGUCUGCUGGCAGCUUUUCCUCCCCCUAUGAGCACCUCAGCCAGCCAGAGACAAAGCGCAUGGUAGAGCACUACACCGCCUAUCUCAGCGACAACACCCGCCUCAUUGCUAACCCAGGCCUUAAAUUCUCUGUCAGAAAUGAAGUAAUGGCUACCAGCCACGUCACAGAUGAAUGGAUGACACAAAUGGAAAUGAGUAGCCUGAACACUUACAUUGUCCGCCGUUACAUAGCAACGCCCAAUGGCGUCCUCAGAAUUUAUCCUGGUUCCCUCAUGGACAAAGCAUUUGAUCCCACCAGGAGACAAUGGUAUCUCCAUGCGGUAGCUAAUCCAGGGUUGAUUUCUUUGACUGGUCCUUACUUAGAUGUUGGAGGAGCUGGUUAUGUCGUGACAAUCAGUCACACAAUUCAUUCGUCCAGUACACAGCUGUCUUCUGGGCAUACUGUGGCUGUGAUGGGCAUUGACUUCACACUCAGAUACUUCUACAAAGUUCUGAUGGACCUGUUACCAGUCUGUAACCAAGAUGGUGGCAACAAAAUAAGGUGCUUCAUAAUGGAGGACAGGGGUUAUCUGGUGGCGCACCCAACUCUCAUCGAUCCCAAAGGACAUGCACCUGUGGAGCAGCAGCACAUCACCCACAAGGAGCCCCUGGUAGCAAAUGAUAUCCUCAACCACCCCAACUUUGUAAAGAAAAACCUGUGCAACAGCUUCAGUGACAGAACGGUCCAGAGGUUUUAUAAAUUCAACACCAGCCUUGCGGGGGAUUUGACGAACCUUGUGCAUGGCAGCCACUGUUCCAAAUACAGACUAGCAAGGAUCCCAGGAACCAAUGCGUUUGUUGGCAUUGUCAAUGAAACCUGCGACUCUCUUGCCUUCUGUGCCUGCAGCAUGGUGGACCGGCUCUGUCUCAACUGUCACCGAAUGGAACAAAACGAAUGUGAAUGUCCUUGUGAGUGCCCUCUAGAGGUCAAUGAGUGCACUGGCAACCUCACCAAUGCAGAGAACCGAAACCCAAGCUGUGAGGUCCACCAGGAGCCGGUGACAUACACAGCUAUUGACCCUGGCCUGCAAGAUGCUCUUCACCAGUGUGUCAACAGCAGGUGCAGUCAGAGGCUGGAAAGCGGGGACUGUUUUGGGGUGCUGGAUUGUGAAUGGUGCAUGGUGGACAGUGAUGGAAAGACUCACCUGGACAAAUCCUACUGUGCUCCCCAGAAAGAAUGCUUCGGGGGUAUUGUGGGAGCCAAAAGUCCCUACGUUGAUGACAUGGGAGCAAUAGGUGAUGAGGUGAUCACAUUAAACAUGAUUAAAAGCGCCCCCGUGGGUCCUGUGGCUGGAGGGAUCAUGGGAUGCAUCAUGGUCUUGGUCCUGGCGGUGUACGCCUACCGCCACCAGAUUCAUCGCCGGAGCCAUCAGCAUAUGUCUCCUCUUGCUGCCCAAGAAAUGUCAGUGCGUAUGUCCAACCUGGAGAAUGACAGAGAUGAAAGGGACGAUGACAGCCACGAAGACAGAGGCAUCAUCAGCAACACUCGGUUUAUAGCUGCGGUCAUCGAACGACAUGCACACAGUCCAGAAAGAAGGCGCCGCUACUGGGGUCGAUCAGGAACAGAAAGUGAUCAUGGUUACAGCACCAUGAGCCCGCAGGAGGACAGUGAAAAUCCUCCAUGCAACAAUGACCCCUUGUCAGCCGGGGUCGAUGUGGGAAACCAUGAUGAGGACCUAGACCUGGAUACCCCCCCUCAGACUGCUGCCCUACUAAGUCACAAGUUCCACCACUACCGGUCACACCACCCUACACUUCAUCAUAGCCACCACUUACAGGCGGCCGUGACAGUACACACUGUUGAUGCAGAAUGCUAACGAUCUCCUCACCUCCACGCCAAGACAAGAUCUGGGAGCUACAGAAUGUUCUGGAAAGAAAAAGAACCAGCUUAAAACCCACAGCAAGAGACUCCCUCGUGUUCGUACUUUGUGCAGAGUUGUUUGAGUCAUUUCCUGCCUGAUGACAUGGUUAAAAACAAGAGAAACAACAACACAGUCACAUUUGUGAAGACGUGAGGCUGGUUCUGAAAUGGAGGGGAAAUAAGCCUGAUGAACGAACCUGCCAUAACACUAAUGGAAGGGAACAGAAGGCGAGCCUCCAAACACAGAGACGGAACCUGCAAGUGAAGCUGAGCCAGAGGAAUGUUCCGAAGAGCCAGAAGCAUUCAGCUCUCCUUAACUGGAAGAGAGAAAAAUCUGCUCACCCAGAGACUGGAAUGUGGCACAUGCAGAUACAAAUGUGUGCGUUGAAGAUUUCACUUUGUUUCUUAGCGGUACCUGGAUACCACAGUUGCUGUAUGGAACUCAUGUUAUGCUCUAAACGAUGCAUCUCAAAAUUUCUAAGUAAAGGAUUAUUUUUCUACUAUUUAUUGAACUUUCAAAUAUUCUCAAACUUUGGGGAAAAGGAAAGGAAACACAGGAGAAGUUUUCAGCAGUUGCCCCGAGCUAUUUUGUGUGUAAUGAAGUGAUUCUUUGAUUAAGGAGCUCUAUUUCUUAUUUAACUGAUAUCCCACUGCCCCACUCCACAAAAUAGGAAAAUGAAGAAAUCUUUCCCUCUGACUUGUUUACAUCAUUUCAUGGAAACACAUCUUUAUUUGUAAUGCAGUAUUCUUUCUCUGUGUUUGACAGAGAUGGGGAAGGGCAGAGGAAUCUAAGAGGUUUUAAAAGAAAUGUUACGUUUCUUAUGACUUGUUUCCACUCCUCGCACAAUGCUAGUCUUAGGUUUCUACGAAACCUAAUGUUAGAACCGCACCCUUUCAGCUAAGGGAGGGUUGGAUUUAUUUUCCUUGUUUUAGAGACUACAAAUUUUUAAAUGUCCCAUUUCGACUGAGAAUACUGACAUAUAAGGGAAGAAGUUUUCUAAAUUGUGAAUGUCUGGUUCUUAAUUAAAGAUUUUUUUUUAAUAUUACAGUUAAAAGCUGCUGCCAGUUAUCCAAGACAUUAUCCACCAAACUGCUUUGUGAUUUAUACAGGGACUAAUCAAAUCUGGCUACUAUAACAUGGGGCAUUGUAACUUUAAAGUAGUGUUUUAAUUACAGUGAUGUAUUUUAGACUCACAUUUUGUGAUUCAAAUAUGUUAUAAAGACAUUCUUGCACCGUGGUAAAGAAUGUGUGUGGUAAAUCUCCGUUUAUAUGUAGUUGGAAAAAAUUCACUGAAUGAUGUUUUAAUGAUAGGGUGUUAUGAUACAGUGUAAAAAACAAUUGGUUCUUCAGCAGUACAGAAAGUAAACUAUAUAUGUGCUAUCAGGAAACCCCUUCAUACUGUGUAUAAAAUUGCAGUCUAGUGAAAUAAACUGUAUGCAACAGACCAUUUUAGUGGCUACAGUGAUUGUUAAUGUACCACUCCUUGUGCCUCUAGGCAAGUUACAUUCACUUUGUAACCUAGCAGGUCAGUUGCCAAACUGAAAAUAGACCUCUUUUCAAUGCUACAGUCAACUUCUAGGGCUUCUUGACCAUCUAGAUCAAAUAUGCAAACAACUUAACAAUAUAAUGGGAUAAAAAUGUGUAGAACAUAGCUCUCCCUUCCUGAGCGUCUGUAUCCAUGUCACUAAUAAUAAAUGGUUCUUCUCUAA